GUGAUCUUCUACAAACAAGCUUUGGCAAAUCAAACUCCUCGAAUGCAUGAGAAAUAGUGAAACUGCACUUGGCGCGGAACUGUAACAUCGGCGAUCGCAAGCAGCUGGGGCGAGUCUUGGCCGCUGGCAGUGACAGGCAGCUCUCAAGGGCGGGAGGCGCCGACACAGCAAGUUGCAACGUUGAAACUUGUCCAGAUUCCAGUCUCCCCCGCCUCUCCCUCUCCUUAGAGCAUUCGGCUACUCGUCUUUCUCUGUCUUAUUAUUUGUGCUUGUGACUUAUUAUGUGCCCAUCGCUUUGGUGUCUAAAAAUCGCCGCCGCAGCAAACCGCUAAAGGCUCAUCCGCCGUGGUGGUUGCAACGACUUCAACAAAAUGGCUGGCCAACUGAUGGGCGAUGCCCUUCAUUCACUUCUUCGGAGAGCCGCGGAAUAUGAUACUGAUCCCGACGAUGGAGAAGCUCCGGAGGCUGGCACCAAGGAGUUUUUCAGCUCUUGGGCGCUCUUUAUUAUGAUUACCUUGUUGAUGCUUGCUCUAUUCACGAGUUACAUACUUCAGCAGCGGAAAAUAGAAGCGGUCCAUGAAACGGUUCUGUCUAUAUUUGGUGGCAUGUUCGUCGGACUCAUUAUCCGGUUGACCGACUCGCCGAUUAUCAACUUCGUCGCCUUUGACUACCAGUUUUUUUUCAACCUCCUCCUUCCUCCCAUUAUCUUGGCGUCGGGCUAUGAAUUGCACCAAGCGAAUUUCUUCCGAAACAUCGGCACAAUUCUUACCUUUGCAUUUGCGGGGACAUUCAUCUCGGCUCUUGUUCUUGGACUGGUUUUGUUUCUUUGGACAAGGAUCCCCCUGGACGGAUUCAGUAUCAGUUUUGUCGAGGCUAUCUCCGUUGGCGCUACGCUAUCUGCGACAGACCCAGUGACUAUCUUGGCCAUCUUUAACCUUUACAAAGUCGAGCCCAAGCUCUACACAGUCAUUUUUGGCGAGUCGAUUUUGAACGAUGCCAUUGCGAUUGUGCUGUUCGAGACGGCGCAGAAAUAUGCGGAGAGUGACGCAGGAUCCUUAACCUUCCUCCAUCUCUUCGAAGCUAUCGGCGUGUUCUUGCUGGUUUUCUUUGGUAGUAUGGUGGUAGGAGUGAUUGUGGGCAUCAUGACGGCGCUGGGCCUGAAAUACACCCAUGUCCGCCGCCAACCUAAGAUCGAGAGUUGCAUGGUUGUUCUCGUAGCUUACGCCAGCUACUUCUUCUCCAACGGUGUCCUUUUGUCAGGAAUUGUGUCUCUCUUAUUCUGUGGUAUCACCUUGAAGCAUUAUGCUUACUACAAUAUGUCACGUCGAACACAGUUGACUACCAAGUACCUCUUCCAAGUUAUGGCUCAACUGUCCGAAAACUUCAUCUUUAUUUACUUGGGACUCGAUCUUCUCGUUCAAAGGGAAGUGCAAUUUAAGCCCCUCUUUAUCCUAGUCACUGUUGUUGGUAUCUGUCUUGCCAGAUACCUUGCAGUGUUCCCCUUGUCGAAGGCGAUCAACUGGUUUAUCCGGUAUCGGGCACGGCGACGCGGCGUGGAAGCUGCCGACGAACUGCCUUUCGCGUACCAAGCAAUGCUCUUCUGGGCGGGUCUGCGUGGUGCUGUGGGAGUAGCACUAGCAGCAGGUCUGAAAGGUACAAAUGGACCGGCUUUACGCGCCACCGUUCUUGUGGUCGUGGUCAUCACUGUUAUCGUUUUCGGCGGAACAACGGCGCGCAUGCUUGAGAUUCUUGGGAUUAGAACAGGCGUGGUUGAGGAACUUGAGUCUGAUGACGAGUUCGAUAUUGAAGUCUCGAACGGAGGCACCUACUAUAAGCGCUCUGACACUGGGUUGGGAUAUACACCCCGCCGCACAGACAAUAUUCCUCUUGAUGGAGUUUCGCGGAGGAACCCUGACCGGGCCAACAGCUACUCGAGUGGCAAUAGCCGCCGCCCCAGCCCUCCGUCGGCGUCGACACGCGCAGGUCUGGGACAUUCUAGAAUGUACUCAGAUGCCUUUGGUCCAAAAGACACCCAGACACCGCGAGAUCGUUCGACAACCGCGACUCUACUUGGCAACCGCUCUGGCAGUCAGAGCGGUAGCGACGACGCCAGUGAAGAUGAGUUCGGUUUGAAGGCCUCCGGGAAACGCCGAGCCGUUGAGCACGACCAUCCAGAUGCAUUUGAACUCGAUGUAGACGAAGUGCAUUCGGACGACGACUUGCCUCCUGCUGCCCCCACGCGAUUGCGCCGAUCACCGUCACAACAGGUACAGAAUCUGUCGCAGUCCCAAACGCCGCAAGAUGGGGCGUCUGCGUCGCAGGCCGGAACGAGCAGAAGUGCACGAGAGACAAUUAGAGACAUCUUCUCUGGUGGAGCCUCUGGGGAUCACGUCGCCUGGUUCCGACAGUUGGACGAAGAUUACAUUAAGCCGCGUCUGCUUCUGGACCAGUCGAACCAUAAGGGACCUGGCGCUGUUUAGAUUUAAGCCUUGUGUAUACUUAUGAAUUAUCACUAUGCUUUUUUUGCUUUCGGCAUCCCCUUGGGUUGUCUCACUAACGAUAGCAGCGUUGCAUUUUGGAUUGCUUCGUUUUACUCAUUGUUAUCCAUUGACGCGUAGCUUGUGUGGGUGCUUUGUAUUCUGUAAUUGGUACCUCUGUAUAAUAGUGCUUCAAAACGGAAUUGCCUCGGAAUACCCUGUGUUGGGAAUAUGCUCAUCUUAAUAAAGAAACCCG